UUUAUGGGAUUCAACUGCAUCAGUUGACCCCUAAUUCCAUCCUUCACAUUUCUAUUUUCAUCACGCUUUGCGAAUGUUUCCUCGGAAUCCCUCCCAAUUGGGUUCUGUGGAAACGCAUUUUCUGCCUCCGCCGCAAUGGCUCCCACAACGUCACUUAUAACAUAGGUGGCGUUGUUAUCUGUGUUCGUACUGAUGUCGAUUAUUUCGACGUCAAAUUUCCUGAUUCUGUCCAAGGAUGGCGCAAAAAGUGGCUCUACAUUCACGAAGAAAGCGCCAACUCCGUUGAACACAACAUAGUUCCUUUCGACGGAAGUGCCAGAAUCCAGCGCCGCCGCUCCUGGGAUGCCGAAGUUUCUGAAGAAGAGAAAAAGGCGACAGAGGCACUCAUGUCUCGUAUCCAUCAGCUGCAAAACACUCGAGGCAAAGAACUGUCUGGUGUUCAAAUCACCGCCUACUUCCUUAGGAUUAGGGUGCAGCCUCUUCAGGCUCGCAAAAAUCCCCUCUGGACGUAUUCUGGUGAAAACGACGCCAAUAGAAUCUCCGACGAUCUUUCUGCAAAGGACUUGGAGAAGUUGAUCCGAAGAGUUUCCCGCUUGGCAAAAAAGGAUCCUAUUCCUUCCGCUUGUCGCGUGGAACCAUACAGCUCCGCCAAUCCUCUCCCCGAGAACCAUCCUACUAUGACUUCCCUUCCUCCUCUUCCUGAGGAUGGAGAAGUCGAAGAACGGGGCAUCGUUGCCGAAGAUACCCCAGGUUCUUCUAUUCCUGAAAGUGAAGUCGCGGGUUCCCACAAAUCUGCGGCUUCCCAUGAAAAGGAAGUUGAAUCUGAGGCCAGUGAAUCGACGCAAUCCCUUCCUCCUGCAGUUUCCCCAAAGAACAAAAGGAAAAGGCAUGAUGCCGAGGAUUCUGGCACUUCUAAGGCUGAAAAAGCUGGUCCUUCUAAUCCGAAGGCAGCUUACGAUCCUUAUGUUGAAUCCCUCAUCAGCUCGUAAGUCACCUAUCUCGCUAUAUUUUUGUACUCGAAAUAUUUAUCUUGUCGUGCUU